AUGUCUAAUCCACCACUGACUGAAUCUGUACAAAAGUGGAAUGGAAAACCAUGGGCAAAAAGCUUACUUGAUGAUCCAUCCUUGUCAGUUUUAUCUGUGUCCCAAUUUACGCUCUAUGGUACUAUAAAAAAGGGAACGAAACCGGAUUUCCAUAAAGCAGCUAAAGGUAUGGAUGCCCGAAGCUUGUAUGAUGAACUAUUAAACCAAUUGAGAAUUGGAUUAGGUAGUGAAGAAAGAGUAAAGGAUGGACAAUUUGGAGCUAUGAUGGAUGUUUCCUUAACAAACGAUGGACCAGUAACGAUAAUUUGGGAUACCCAAGAUUCAUCUUUAUAA